AUCGACCGAAGGUCAUUGUAAAAACUGCUCACGAUAACGUUCGUGCUGGUGGGCCUGCAGGUUAUGUUAUGAGACUCUGUUCCGGAAAUAUCUUGUAUUUGUGUGGCUAAUCUUCUAUAAAUACUUAUUUCUCUCCACCAUCCGUUGGAUGGGCUAAUGUUCGAUGAGGCUGCUGUGCACGUUAUUGGAGGAGGCAUCGGAGGAACAGUUGGAGCAGUUUUAACGUGUCCGCUAGAAGUUGUCAAAGUUCGCUUACAAUCUUCAAAAGGAAUUGUACUUUCCUCAUCUUCACUUAAACAUAACUCCGUCGCAGAUUAUAACCACAGUCAUCGUUUAUCGCCUAUACGAUGCAUGUUAUAUGGUUUAAAACAAGCUGAUCCUAAACAUGUUCAAAAAUCCAGUCCCAAUCACAAGUCGGUGAUUUCUUCGUGUAUUAAUUCGUCAAACCCCUCAGGCCUCAACAUUUCCUCAACAUCUACCGAUUUCCCAAAAGCCAAGCCUCAUGGACUUCGGCGAUCUCUUAUUCUUCGUUCGUUAAUUGACAUUUUUCGUUAUGAAGGACCCAAAGCUCUCUUUAAAGGUCUCGUCCCUACUCUUGUUGGAGUGAUGCCAACACGAGGUAUAUACUUUUGUGCAUAUCAUAAUGGACAGUUGUUCUUUGAAAAAUAUUUCCAGCCUGGUUCUUCAUUUGUUUAUUUAUGUGCUGCUGGAAUUGGAAGCAUAACCGCUUCUUCCUUAACCAAUCCUAUUUGGUUUAUAAAAACAAGGCUUCAAUUAGAUUCACGGCCAGGUCAUACACCUAUUACGGUUUCACAAGUUAUACGUAACACUUGGAAACAAGAUGGAUUACGUGGCUUCUACCGAGGUGUAAGUGCAUCGUAUUUUGGUUCUCUAGAAACAGCUUUAAAUUUCGUUGUAUAUGAAAAUUUUAAAUCAGAACUACUUUGGAGAGAGCAUAAACUAGUGAUAAUGAUUAUCUGCCCCAAAAAGCAUCGGAUUUUCGUGGUUCAAGUGGUGGAAGUAAAUUGUCUGCUUCAAAAGAUAUGAUCUUGUGUAUGAUUGCUAGUGCUUGCUCUAAAGCAAUCGCUAUUACUGCUCUAUAUCCUCAUGAAGUAGCUCGAACUCGUUUACGUGAAGAAACUGGACAAUAUCGAGGAUUUUUUCGUACACUUCAUUUAGUUGGCAAAGAAGAAGGUUUAAGUGGCCUUUAUCGUGGUAUGGCAACUCAUUAUAUUCGUCAAGUACCUAAUUCUUGUAUUAUGAUUGGAACUUAUGAAUUCGUUGUCUUUCUACUACAAUCUUGGGAUUUAACUAAAGACAUCAAGGUAUAGUAGUGUAUUGCCUUUAUUCUUCUACUAAUUAAAAUCUUAUUUUCUUUCCCAUUUCUCUAUUUGUACAGAAAAAAUAAUUAUUAGAGUGAAAAAUAAAUGUGUAUAAUUUCAUUUAAUUUAUUCUUGCUCCUCAUAUAAUCGUGUUACUUCCCAUUAGAAACAAAAUAGCAUAACUAAUAGCCUCGAAAAGAAUAUAAGCGAUAAACAGAGUUAUUCAAGAUUUUUGUUCCGUUCAAGUUUACUUCUUAUUUAGUUUAUUAUUAUUAUUGUUAUUAUUAUUUGGGUGUCAAUUUGUUGUGUCAAAUUGUGAAGAUUGAUUUUCGAUGGGCGAGUAUUUCAUCUUUUAUGUACUUGUUUGUUUGUUUGUUUUACCCCCUCCCCCUUUCAUCGUUUUUUUUAUCACUUGCUUCCACUGCUAAAUGAUAUAUAUAUAGUACUUUGUUAAAAUGUACACAAUAUGCAUUAAUAUACUGGCGAAAAUGUAAACAUACUUAGGCGUGUAGAUGUUGUGUUUUAAAUUUUUAUCUCUAUUAUCACCAUUUCCUUCGACCUUUUUGUCUCUUUCACCUUCAAUAUUAUCAUCAUUUAUCUCUUAGUUAUGUUAUUAUUAUUAAUCAUCUAUUUUUUUCAGUUUAUGGUAUUGUAUACUACUGAUUAUUAUUACUGUUAUUAGUUUCUUUUCUUCUUUUUUUUCCCCUAAUUAUCGUAUACAUGCAUUUCCAUUGUGUUUUGUAAUAAAAUUUGAUCAGGAAAAUAAUCAUUAUAGACGACAAUCAUUGUUUCCUUGUUUUGGUAUUGAAUGUAGUGUUAUAAAACUGAAAAAGAAGCAGAUCUGUGGCCUAAUGCAAAGUACAAGCUAAGUGUUGACAGGCAAUAGAUUUAUUACACACCGAAAAAUAGAUCAAAAGCUUUGCCUAAAUAUACUUAUAGAACAUGUGAAAUGUGUUCUAUGUACACUGAUCACAGAUCUUAAUAAAUUAAACUGGGUAGUAGUAGACAUUGCGUAAUCACUAACUUACUGCAUAAAUACAACUUGCGAUUUUAUUAUCUUAGACUAAACUGUCAUAACGAACAAAUGUUGAUAAUGUACUGAGUUAUUUGAUUACUCCUUCCUAGUAGAACUUUUAAUUGUUUACUACUCUGACUAAUUCUAAUUGUAUUGUUGUGCUCUACGUGAAAUAAGCGCCAAUCAUGUCCAGAACAGCAAUGACAGUUUCCCAGUUAAGCCUCCAAGCUCUUAGAACACAUACGAAUCUCCAGCAGUUCAAGUUAUGAUAUUUACCCUAUUUUGAUCAAUAACAUAUUUCCAUUGUGCAGACUAAUUGUUCAGACUAAUAAAAGAAACCG